ACCUAGAACCUUCCACGAUCCCCUCGAACUUGAUCAACAAGCAGUCCCCUCCUCUCCAAAUCCUCACAUUUUAAACCAUCAGCAAUCGUCAUCUUCCCCCAAAACCCUAAGCCAGUAGCUCCACUGUUUUCAGAAACAGACACCCAAAUGGCGAGGCGUUUGAUUCCAACUCUCAACCGCGUCCUGAUCGAGAAAAUCAUCCCGCCCUCCAAAACCACCGCCGGCAUUCUCCUCCCCGAGUCCUCCACCAAGCUAAACUCAGGGAAGGUGGUUGCUGUGGGACCAGGAGCCAAGGACAAGGCCGGGAAUCUGAUUCCGGUGGCCGUGAAGGAAGGCGAUACAGUUCUUUUGCCCGAGUAUGGCGGCACCCAAGUGAAGCUUGGUGACAAAGAGUUCCAUUUAUACAGGGACGAAGACAUCUUGGGCACUCUCCACGAUUGAGUCAUCGGAAAACUUGAGGGUCAGAUGUAGCUGAUGAAACAGUGGAUAGGGAAGUUCUAAUGGGAUGUUAGUUUUCCUUUUAAUGAACUAAUUUGGAUCUAUUUAUUUUUCCAUCUUCUGUUUGGAUUGGGUUUUCGGCACUGGAAAUUAUGAGCUAAAUUUCGUUUUGAAACGGUAGAGACAAUUUAUAUCA